AACUCAUUGUCUCUUUCUUAGAGUUGCUUUCAGACUGAAGUGGGGUCUUCUCCAUUGCAUGCAAAGCUGUGUGUGUUGGUUGCCCUGAGACUUAAUGUUUGCGUUGAUCUGCGCAAUCUGUGGACUUGCAGUCGUAUGCAUCUCUUGUUUGAGAAAUAGGGCCAGAAGAAUCAACAUGGAACCAAACAAAGCGCAAUCACUCUUCCCUGUUGCUGAAAUUCAGGCCAGCAGAACCAAAAAUCUGUACCCAAAUGACCUCCAGAGACAGAAAGAAAAAGUCAUUUUUGUGAUGGGUUCAACUGGGUCAGGGAAGUCCAAACUUGCAAUAUAUCUUGCAAGUAAAUUCCAAGGAGAGGUGAUUAACUCUGAUAAAAUUCAAGUCCACAAGGGUUUAGACAUUGUAACAAACAAAGUUACAGAAGAAGAAAUGAAUGGUGUUCCACACCACUUAAUUGGAAUCCUAGAACCUGAAACUGAAUUUACUGUAUCAGACUUCUGUGAACAAACUUCACUUGCAAUGGAUUCCAUAUUGAAAAGGGGCAAUGUUCCAAUUAUAGCUGGAGGCUCUAACAGAUACAUUGAAGCAUUAGUUGAUAAUGAGACACUUGAAUUCAGAAACAAGUAUGAUUGUUGUAUUCUAUGGGUUCAAGUCUCACUUUCUGUUCUCAAGAAGUAUGUUUAUGAGAGAGUAGAUCAAAUGGUUGAAGCUGGAUUAGUUGAUGAAGUCCGAAGUGUAUUCAAACCCGAUGGAGAUUACUCCAAAGGCAUUUUACGAUCGAUCGGAGUCCCAGAACUUGAUGCAUACUUUAGAGCAGAAGCAGCUGGAUAUGAGGAUGAGGAGAUAUUAGAUAAACUGCUUGAAGAAGGAAUUAAUAUGAUGAAGUCUAAUACAUAUGACUUAGCUUGUCGCCAAUUUGAGAAGAUCAAUAGGCUUAGGUUUGAGAAGGGAUGGAAUAUUCACCUCAUAGAUGCUACUGGGGUGUUCCUUAAACGUGGUGUCCAACGUGAGCAUGAAUGGAAGAAUGGAGUAGCUUGGCCAAGUGUGAAUAUCAUAAGAAGCUUUCUCUAUGGAGAUAAUACUAAUGUGAUGGAUAAAGAUAACUAACUUCUUUUUUAUUCUAUGUGAUGUGGGGAGCUUUGGUUCAGUGAAGGUGUGGUUUUGUUGGAGGUUUU